ACAAGUCUAGGGUUUGAUUUUCCCAUUUGUUCUACGUAAAACUGUAACUUCCAUUUUCCUUUUCUGACAUCAGUCUAUGGAACAUUUAACUUCUUAAAUUUCAUGUCCACUAUCUCCUCAGAUAGAAAGAAAAUUUAGUUUAGAGCUAUGCAGUUUGUAAGAAACCCUAAUUCAUCACAGGAGAUGCUAAAAAAUUUACUGUUUCCUUCUUCUCCUUUUUUGUAAAUCAUAUUGCAAGAAUCUCAAGUUUAAGAGAAACUUAUAGUAAAAUAUGAUGGGGGAUAGUGGUGAGACUGGAUGUAAUUCAAAGACGAGCUCGAAUUCAGGAAAAUAUGAGGAUGAUGAGGAGAACAAUUCGAGCAAGUUUAAGGAUGGAGGAAGCUCAAGCAAUAGUACAGUUGAAGAGAGUGAAAAGAAACCCUUUGUGAGACCUUAUGUACGAUCCAAGAUGCCUAGACUCCGAUGGACACCUGAUCUUCAUCUUCGCUUCAUUCAUGCUGUGGAAAGACUUGGUGGACAAGAUCGAGCAACACCAAAGUUAGUUCUUCAAAUGAUGAACAUAAAAGGACUCAACAUUGCUCAUGUCAAGAGCCAUUUGCAGAUGUAUAGAAGCAAGAAGAUGGAUGACCAAAGUCAAGGAAUUGCCCAUCACAGGCUUUUUAUGGAAGGUGGAGAUCCAAAUAUCUACAACUUGAGCCAACUCCCUAUGUUCCCUACUUUUCAUCAGAGGCUCAAUUCCACUCUUAGAUAUGAAGAUGCUUCUUGGAAUUGUCAUGGUAAUUGGACGAUGGGGCAAGGCACACUAGACAGGAGCAGUCGAGGAUUUCACACAACACUGACUGAGAGGAUCUUUGGUAGCAACCAUGGUAGGGAAGCAAAUGAAGAUUUAUGUAAAAGGAAUCCUUCUUUCAUCAGUGAAAGAUCCAAUUUACAAAAACAUGAAAUUAAAGAUAAAAUGGUAUUAUCUCUUGAACAUGAAAGUCAUAGUGGUGAGCUCACUCCAAUAUUAUCUCAUAUUGCUGCAAAAGCUCAAGCAAGAGCCAUAAAUCUUCAGAAGCAGACUCCAUUGAAAAGAAAGGUUUCAGAUUGUGAUCUUGAUCUGAACUUAUCUCUAGGGGUAAAGCCAAGGAAUGGAAGUGAUAACCUAUGUUGCACAGACUUUCCGAAAAUGCUGCCGUACUCGUGUCCGAUUCUCCAAAGAGACAUUACUUUUGGAGGAUCCAACACGCAGAGUCCGAGCAACAAUGAUGAUAAUGAUAAUGGGAGUAGCUUAUCAUUGUCAUUGUCCUCACCAUUGUCUUCUUCAAAGGUUACAAGGUUUAAAGAAGAUGGUAACAGUAAUGCUACAACAGAAAAUGCAAGAAGAGGGGCAAGUACUCUGGAUCUGACUCUAUGAAUGAGGACAGUAUUCUAAGUGAGAUCUUGAGGUACUUGUUUCAUAUUGUUGUUGACAAUACCGUUUACCAGUUAUAUUAUUAUUACUACUAUGUAGUACUGCUGGCUUUUGUUGUUUCUGUUAUUAUCAAAUAAGUAUAUCUUAGCAAGAAA